GCGCCUUCAAAUGUCACUAGAUGAUCACUUUCUUUUUGAGACGCGUGUGUAUUCGUGACAUAUUAUCGCUGAUCCGUCGCGAUACUACAUUCGAUAUGUGACAACCAUGACUAUUUAUACUACGUACAUUUCAAAUUAUCAUCGCCAUUAGUCGUUUGCCAAGGCAAUAAUUCAACAAGCAGCUGAGAGUCAUUGUAUGUUGACCCGGAUAUAAAUCUAACGAACUUUAACCUCCAAGUGACUUAUGAUUCCCACAUUUGCCGCGUGAGUUAAAUCGAAGAAAAAGCGAGCAUGGAAAACGUGGACAACUUGGUUUUGAAACUGUUUGAAAUCGAAGCGCUGAAGUUCGGCUCCUUCACGCUGAAGAGUGGCAUACAAUCGCCUGUUUAUUUUGACUUGAGAGUGAUCGUAUCCUACCCUAGCCUUAUGAAUGAGGUUGCUGACUUCUUAUGGCAAGCUGCUGAAAAACCCAAUGCUAAAUUCGUUCUGCUUUGUGGUGUGCCGUACACUGCGUUACCAUUAGCAACGAUUAUGUCUGCCAAUCACAAUGUCCCAAUGUUGAUUCGCCGUAAGGAAGCUAAGGAUUAUGGGACAAAAAAGAUGAUUGAAGGUAAAUUCAAACCCGGAGAUACAUGUCUCAUCGUGGAAGAUGUCGUAACCAGUGGUUCCAGCGUCAUGGAAACAGCUGAUUCAUUAAGUAAAGUGGGUAUUGUAGUAACAGAUGCAGUGGUUUUAUUAGACAGAGAACAGGGAGGAAAACAAAGACUUGAACACAAAGGUAUCAAUCUAUACAGCGUGUGUGGCAUGUCGGGUAUUUGUAAAAUUCUUGAAAAACAUGGUAAAUUAGACUCUCCAACUGUCAAGCAAGUGGAUGAUUUUCUAGCAAAGAACAUUUUUAAACCUGAUACAAGCGGGGUAAAAUUAACAGAACAAGUAUCCAAGAAAAGCAAAAAGUCUCUUCGCUAUCAUGAACGUGCCGAAAUAGUAGCCCAUCCACUUUCAAAGCAAUUACUGAAGAUAAUGGACAGCAAACAAACGAACCUAGCAUUUUCAGUGGAUGUGACUAAAUGUCAACAAGUGUUGGAGCUUGUUGAUAAAGUUGGUCCACAUGUGUGUAUAGUUAAAACCCAUGUAGAUAUCAUAGAAGAUUUUAACGAUGAUUUCAUAACAGCUUUACAAAAACUUGCUGAUAAGCACAAUUUUUUAAUUUUCGAAGAUAGGAAAUUUGCUGAUAUUGGGAACACAGUAAAACAUCAAUAUAGUAGUGGUGUGUAUAAAAUAAACCAGUGGGCACAUAUAACAAAUGCACACUCAGUACCUGGAGAUGGAGUAGUGCAGGGAUUGAAGGACGUUGGGCUGCCAAAAAACCGAGGAUGUCUUCUUAUUGCAGAGAUGAGUUCUACUGGUAACCUAGCAACUGGAGAAUAUACGAAAGCAACGGUCAAAAUGGCAGAGGAACAAGCAGAUUUUGUCAUUGGUUUCAUCUGUACUUCACGACUUACUGACGACCCCAGAUUUCUUCACAUGACCCCAGGUGUCCAGUUAUCAGCUGGAGGGGACUCCCUAGGUCAGCAAUAUUUGACACCCAAUAUUGUGAUAGGUGACAGAGGCAGUGACAUCAUCAUUGUAGGAAGGGGCAUAUAUAAGGCGGAUGAUCCAUCCAAUGCAGCUAAACUCUUCAAGGAAGCUGGAUAUGAAGCUUAUCUCAAACAGUCUGUGGAUUUCACAAUCACUGAACAAUGACCUUUUUGUUUCAUUCACUAUUGGGAGAAUAUACCUCAUAGGUUGUACCUUAGGGGGUUUAUUCAAAUGAGAAAACAAGUUAGGGAGUCUAGUCAAAUGAAGUUGGAAGGUAGAGGCAUAUUCAGAUGAAAUGUAUAUUUACAAAAUAGUACUAUACAUUAAAUUGUUCAUUUUGAGCUACAUGUGUUAGCACAACUUUUAACUUUCCCUGCUCUUGGUCGUUCAACACUUAGACGUUUAUUCUUUAUGGCGAUAAAUCUUUUCUUAUAUGCAUAUCAGGAUUUGAAUUUGGUAGAGUUACGGUAGUUUGUCUAUGACUUCAAUUAUGACAAGUACCCCCUAUAAAUACUAAUCUGUGGAGCAGUACUAUAAAUAAAUUCAUUAAAAGAAUGUUUUCAUUAUCAUCUGAUAUUUAUUUUCUAUUCUACUGUCUGAGGAUAAGCAUUUUUAUUUAUGCAAAUAAAUACAUAUCCAAUAUACAUGAUAUGAAUAAAUACAUUAUGAACUUCUUGUAAACAUCACUUUGGUUGAACUACACUCUGCUUCUCGCACCAUUUAUCAAUUUCUACUUUGUUGAUGCUCAAAAUUGUUAACACAUAAGCGUAACAAUAUAAAUAUAGCCUAGCCUGUAGAGUAUGGGUCUAGCCGAAUCUUUGAAUUAUGUCAUCUGAAAUGUAUUUUCAGUAGUUAUAGAGGCUAUCGUACUGUGGUUUGCGUACAUGUGUCAUUGACACUCAAAUAUAAAAUGGUGUUUGCCAUUGUUAUUAAAUAUGCAUGUACGUGUCCCUGUUAAUAAAACUAACUUGCAAGCAA